AUGUCUUUGCAAUCCAUCACGCAAGAGUUGUACGGCACUUUCGAACAAGAGGACUACGAGAAAUGCCAGCAGUUGUUGGUUCCGUUGAAAAUCGAAUUGAUUAAGCACAACUUGUUGGUACCCAUCACCACUGACUCCACCACCAAAGACCAGAUAAAUGAUUUCAAAAUUAGCCAGAAGAUCUUGGAAAUCGGGGCCUUGUCGUCGUUGUUGUUGAACAAAACACAAGUGUUUGAAAACUACUACUCACAUUUGAAGCCAUUUUACUCCAAUUCAAAGAUACACUUGAAGAAAGAGCACAACACCACCUCCACCAAGAUUAUCUCGUUGUAUUUACUCUUAUUAUUGUCGCAGGGAUUGGUCUCGAAGUUUCACAUCGAGGUAGAACACUUGACAUUCUUCCAGCAGUAUGACUUGGACUCUGAUAAGUACUUACAGUUCCCCAUCAACUUGGAAAAGCAUUUGAUGGAAGGGAACUAUAUCAAGAUUUGGAAUUUAUUGAACGACGAAAACAACCUUCCAUGUAAGGAGUACAUCAUGUUUGUGGACACCUUGGUCAAUGCCUUACGGUAUGAAAUUGCAAAGUCUUUGGAAAAAACAUACGCCACGAUCCCAAUCAGCAACUGCAAGAACUUACUCUACUUCCCCCAAGAAGAAUCCGAUAUGAUCUUUGAAGAGUCUCUUAAGGAAGACUUGGGCAUGAAUUGGACGUUUAAGAAUGGAUACGUGUUCUUCAACAGCUCCACUGACGAUAAUGACGAAUUCAAACACGACAAAUCCAACAAGAUCAUCACCAAUGUGUUGAACUACGCAGAGCAAAUAGAGUCGAUUAUUUAG